AUGUCGGUAUAUCCAAUGUCUGCUGUGAAAGUGAACGCACCCAAGGUAGCAACUGCCACCGUAAUCUUCCUACACGGUCUCGGAGAUAGUGGCGAGGGGUGGUCGUUUUUGCCUGGUGAGGUUUAUAGACGCUCCAGCCUCCAGCACAUCAAGUUUAUUCUCCCCAACGCUCCGGUCCGUCCGAUCACUGUGUUCGGACAGGAUGCUCCUGCUUGGUACGACGUUGGUGCGUUUGGCCCCGGCUCGUCGCAGGACGUUGAAGGCACACUCACCGGCCUCAACACGGUCAAGGCAUACAUCGAGGAAGAAAUCCGAAACGGCGUCCCGCCCGAGCGCAUUGUUGUUGGCGGUUUCAGCCAAGGAUCGUCCUUGACGAUGGGUACCGCAGUGACUUUGGACAAAAAGAUUGCUGGAUUCAUCCCAAUUUCCGGGUUCGUGCCCGUCGUCAAGGCUAUUGCGCCCCUGGCCAAGCCCGACAACCUGGACACCCCGAUCCUCCAAAUGCACGGUACUGCCGAUGAAAUUGUGCCCUUCAAGACCGGCGUUGUGUCGAACGAGAUCAUGCGAAACAAGUUCCACUUCACCAACAUCGAAUGGCAUGAGUACCCGGGUCUUGCGCACAACAUCAACCCGCAAGGCCUGGAAGACAUUUUGAACUUUUUAGAGCGGGUCGUUCCUAGUGUUUAA